UCGGGCUUGUCCGCUGUGGUCUCUUCCUGGAGACUCUGCCUUCACCCACACUUUCCAUCUUGGGUCCCUGCCAGUCUCACUCUGUCCAUACCCUGGGCCUCAGGGCAGGUUAGCAAUCCUCCACACUGCGGUGCUGCAGACCCAGGUCAGGGUGAUCAGCUCCCAGCGCCUUUUGUGACCUCGCAGUGUUCAGCAGAUAGGCUACUUCUGCGCCAUCCGGCACUUGGGAGGCACAUUAGGUGCUUGUUACUAGGUGAUCUUGACAGACAAAGCCAUGAAAGGAGGCUAUUGCAGUAACCCAGAUGGGAAUCCUAAGCAGCCUAGGAAUGACCGGGUCUCCCUUCCCAGCCUUUCCCAGUCACACCCCUUGCCACAGGUCUCUGAUUAAAUCAAUCUUUCAUUCCCUUGUUGGGAAAAAGUAGCUCCUUCAGGCCUGGAUUGGGGAGACUGCAUUGAGGAAGAAGGAGGGACAUUGGUAGUUUCAGAAGAACCUGCAGGCAGAAGGAGGGAGGGUGUUUGUCCCUGGGUGUGGCUGUGUGCCAGGUCCUCUGGGUAGCUGUGAAGUGGGAGAGAAGGGGAGGGACUGCCGGACUUCUGGACUUUGGGCAGGGCAGGUCCUCCUUCUUCCCCACUCAGGCCUGGGAGCUGUGGGCAACCAGAGGCUCUGCUCUUUACACAGUCCAGGCAAGACCCCCCUGGCCAGGAUGUCAGGCCUAGUGUUGGGGCAGCGGGAUGAGCCCACAGGGCACCGGCUCAGCCAAGAGGAGAUCUUGGGCAGUACCAGGCUGGUGAGCCAAGGGCUGGAGGCCCUACAUAGUGAACAUCAGGCUGUGCUGCAAAGCUUAUCCCACACCAUUGAGUGUCUACAGCAGGGAGGCCAUGAGGAAGGGCUGGUUCAUGAGAAGGCACGUCAGCUUCGACAGUCUAUGGAGAACAUUGAACUGGGACUGAGUGAGGCCCAGGUGAUGCUGGCUCUUGCCAGCCACCUGAGCACAGUGGAGUCAGAGAAGCAGAAGCUGCGUGCUCAGGUACGGCGACUGUGCCAGGAGAACCAGUGGCUCCGGGAUGAGCUGGCAGGCACUCAGCAGCGGCUACAACGCAGCGAGCAGGCAGUGGCUCAACUGGAGGAGGAAAAGAAGCACCUAGAGUUCCUGGGGCAGCUACGGCAGUAUGAUGAGGAUGGGCACAGUACGGAGGAGAAGGAGGGAGAUGCCACCAAGGAUUCGCUAGAUGACCUCUUCCCCAAUGAAGAGGAAGAGGACUCUAGUAAUGGCUUGUCUCGUGGCCAGGGUGCUACAGCAGCCCAGCAGGGCGGAUAUGAGAUCCCAGCAAGGUUGCGGACCCUGCACAACCUGGUCAUCCAGUAUGCAGCCCAGGGUCGCUACGAGGUAGCCGUGCCACUCUGCAAGCAGGCGCUAGAGGACCUGGAGCGCACAUCUGGCCGUGGCCACCCUGAUGUUGCUACUAUGCUCAACAUCCUCGCUUUGGUGUAUCGGGACCAGAAUAAGUACAAAGAAGCUGCCCAUCUGCUGAAUGAUGCCCUGAGCAUUCGAGAGAGCACCCUGGGCCGGGACCACCCCGCUGUGGCUGCCACACUCAACAAUCUGGCUGUGCUGUAUGGUAAAAGGGGCAAAUACAAGGAGGCAGAGCCACUGUGCCAGCGGGCACUUGAGAUCCGAGAAAAGGUCCUGGGCACUGACCACCCAGAUGUGGCAAAGCAGCUGAACAACUUGGCCCUACUUUGCCAAAACCAGGGCAAAUACGAUGCUGUGGAACGCUAUUACCAGCGGGCACUGGCCAUCUAUGAGGGGCAGCUGGGGCCAGACAACCCUAAUGUAGCUCGGACCAAGAACAACCUGGCUUCCUGCUACCUAAAACAGGGCAAAUAUGCCGAGGCUGAGACUCUAUACAAAGAGAUCCUGACCCGAGCCCACGUACAGGAGUUUGGGCCUGUGGAUGAUGACCACAAGCCCAUCUGGAUGCAUGCCGAGGAGCGGGAGGAGAUGAGCAGAAGCCGGCACCAUGAGGGCAGCACACCCUAUGCAGAGUAUGGAGGCUGGUACAAGGCCUGCAAAGUGAGCAGCCCCACAGUGAACACUACUCUGAGAAACCUAGGAGCUCUGUACAGGCGCCAGGGGAAGCUGGAGGCAGCCGAGACCCUGGAGGAAUGUGCCCUGCGAUCCCGGAAACAGGGUACUGACCCUAUCAGCCAGACCAAGGUGGCAGAGCUGCUAGGGGAAGGUGAGGCUAGAAGGGCCUCCCAGGAGGGCCCUGGGGACAGCGUCAAGUUUGAGGGAGGUGAAGAUGCAUCUGUGGCUGUGGAGUGGUCAGGGGAUGGCAGUGGGACCCUUCAGAGAAGUGGCUCUCUGGGCAAGAUCCGGGAUGUCCUUCGUAGAAGCAGUGAACUCCUGGUGAGGAAGCUCCAAGGGUCCGAGCCUCGGCCUUCCAGCAGCAACAUGAAGCGGGCAGCCUCCCUCAACUACUUGAAUCAACCCAGUACAGCUCCGCUCCAGGUCUCUCGGGGGCUCAGUGCCAGCACUAUGAACCUCUCUUCAAGCAGCUGACAUCCAACCCACUCCCUGGGUCUGCUGGGUCCCUCACAGUCCUCACAGCAUUCCCAAGGUGGGACUGUGAUGAGGGGGUAGUUUACAGGAAGACUGCUAUCGCCUGUAGGGUCUCGGCUCUCUCCUCAGGAAUCCCCCUUUCAAAGGGCCCUCAGGAUACCUUGGAUUCACUCUACCUUGGGGUCCUCUAGAGUAGCUGGCUCUGAGGCAUCCAGGGUCAGUUAGGAGCAGAUGUGCAUGUCAGGGAUGCAGCCUGCUGCCAGCUUUUCUGUCCGAGGGUUUGGGGCUGGCCAGUCAAGCUGCCUGGUCCUGGCCUCUCCUUCCCUCCCCGCUGCUGCCUCACAUCAGGUCCAUGUAUUUCACGUUGUUCUUUCUUAAAUAAAAGAAUCAGGUAAACUUUC